GAGCAGGGCAAGUAUUCCACAGCACCAAUCAGAAGCAGCGACACAUAAACCGGUCUUCCCCAAACCAAGAUGGCGGAAGGAGUUUGUGACUUGUGAGUGUAUCCUGAUUAUGUUUGUCAUUUCCUCUCUUGAAAUGAGAACAUCUAAACAUCUUUCUAGAGCAAAGGUGUUUCUAGACAGCUCACUGACUUCUAGGAACGCGGUUUGUGCCUCGCACUUGCAGAGAAUUCGGUAAUAUGGCGUUUGUAAGAAAAUGUCGUCUGCUAGGACUGUGUAGCAGAAGACUGGCGCACGUGGCGAGAACAAAACAUCAGACUGCUUCCUCCCUGUUUACCCCAGACUUUGUGCAACAAUACCAUCCUUGGGGCGUUUCUGCACGUUUCUCCAGCUCAGCUCACGAGUAUGGGUUUGACAGUACGAUUUUCGCUCUGUCCUCGGGGCACGGGAAGUGCGGGGUGGCGGUGGUGCGGGUCACGGGGCCACACGCGUCAUCCGCCGUACGGCUGCUGACCAGGCGCCCGGUGCUGCCCGCGGUGAGACGAGCGGCGCUGAAGAGACUGUACGAUUCCACAGGAGAGCCACUUGACAGAGGCUUGGUCAUCUGGUUCCCAGGUCCACACAGUUUUACAGGAGAGGACAGCUGUGAGUUCCAUGUCCAUGGUGGUCCUUCUGUGGUCACCUCUCUCCUGCAGGCCCUGGGGAACAUGGAGGGGCUUAGGCCUGCGGAGGCCGGGGAGUUCACCAAGAGGGCGUUUCAGAACGGGAAACUUGACCUGACGGAGGUUGAGGGUCUAGCUGACCUGAUCCACGCCGAGACAGAAGCGCAGCGGAAACAGGCACUGCGCCAGAUGGAGGGUGACCUCAGCAGACUGUACUCUGAUUGGUCUAGGAGAUUACUGAAGUGUGUUGCCAAUGUGGAAGCAUACAUAGACUUCAGUGAAGAUGAGAACAUUGAGGCUGGUGUGCUGGAUGAUGUGGAGAGGGAGGUGUGUCAAUUGAGAGAAGAGCUGGAGCGUCACCUUAGCGACGGUCGCCGUGGUGAGAGACUGAGGAGUGGGGUGCAGGUGGCCAUUCUGGGCAAACCCAACGUGGGAAAGAGCAGUCUGCUUAAUGCUGUGUGCCAGAGACCCGCCGCCAUCGUCACUCCUGUCGCCGGCACCACCCGGGACGUGGUGGAGUCUGCCGUGAACCUGGGCGGGUACCCGGUGUUGCUAAGCGACACGGCAGGGCUGCGGGAGACGGAGGACAUUGUUGAACAGGAGGGGGUACGGAGAGCCAGACAGAGAGCACAGCAAGCUGACAUCUCAGUCUUGGUGUUGGAUGCUACAGAUGUCAUGGCUGCCGUAUCCCGGCAACCAGGUCACUACUUGACUUUACAGCAGUACGUACAGGAUCACAUCCCUGACCUCGGCCUACAGGGCACCACGUUUGACACAAACGACGGGACCACCAACCCAACAGACUCGUACCUUAUCGUGGUGAACAAGUCAGACUUGGUGGAUGCAGGAGGAAGUCUUGGGACUCUCCUGGCGAGUUCGGAGCUCGCAACCGAGGGGGACGGAGCAAGGGACGGCGAUGUGUGCGUGAUGUCGUGUCUGACGGGGGAAGGCAUGGAUGGGUUCUUACAGCUCCUGCAGCUCAAGGUCAAACUCAUGUGUGGGAACCCCCUGGCAGGGAACCCGAGUUUCACGCAGGCUCGUCACAGGGCACACCUGACCGCCUGUUUACAGGCGCUGACAUCAUACGCGGGAAUGUGCGAGCGAGACCUGGUGCUGGCGGCGGAGGAGCUGAGGACGGGUCUGAGACACCUUGGGAAGAUCACAGGGAAGAUGGGGGCAGAGGAGAUACUGGAUGUCAUCUUCAGGGACUUCUGCAUCGGGAAGUGAUGGACACACAUAUGGGACUUCUGUAUACCUUCAAAAUAUUCUGAGAAAGAAACAACAGGAAAUUCCUGCCCUGUCCUAUUUGCCAACAGCAAAUUUUGUUGGCCCCUCAUUAAAACAUGAGAGAUCAAAAAACAUUAAGAAAGAGACAUUAUUUAUUCCAGAAUUAGCCCAUGUGAAACCUUGUCCCCUAUGGGCAUGCUGCUAACACAGACUGUUAACAAUAGUAUAUACAACUUUGCAUAGAAAAUACAUACCUUAACCCCCGCUAUACACGUCUAUAUAUAAAGAUAGCAGUGUGCAUAUGUAUAUGCAUCAUAAUGAAAGAUCUAACAAAUGUUACUCCCUCUUUUAUAGGUCUAAUAAUAAUAUAAUAUAAUUUCUACAUUUCACUCUGUGGAAGCAAAACUAAUAGUUUAAAACAUGAUUACUGCUUUUUUACAGGAGAAACCUGGAAAACUCUGUUCUGAAGACAAAAUAACACCCAUAAUUGGUUGUACCCAUGUGUAAACCUGUAUCUGUUCUACAGGUGUAAUAAUUACACACUUUAUAUAUCUGAGAUAUUGUUGGUAAAUUUGACUUUGUACACUCUCUCAGAAACCAUGUACUUGCAAUGACAGUACAGUAAAACUUGUGACAUCAUGACACCAUCCUCUUCCAUGAAAACCUACUGGGUUCUUUGUGUGAUUCUGUGUGAGUAUGGGAGUCCCUGUAAACUAACCAUGAUGGCACCCUGGACACUGAUUCUUUGAUUGUAAAAGUUUUAUCUGAUAUAAAGCUGAAGGUAACAGGUAUAAGAAAAGACUCUCACUGCUCUCCAAGCAGAGGUUAGGCUCCAACUGUUUUUUAAACAUUUUUAGUCGUUUUUAUCGGGCUUUCUAUUUUGUAUUUUAUCUUGCUGUGUCAAAAAGUUUGGCUGGCGUACUUCAAGAAAAAUGACGAAAUAGAAAGCCUGAUAAAAACGACUAAAAAAACAGCCGGAGCCUAACCUCUGCUUGGAGAGUAGACUCUCACCACUCUAGCAAGUAUAACAAAUCAAGCUGUCCAAUCUGUUAACUACAGAAUUCUGCUUUCCACAAUUUUAGAAGUCCGAAUGAAUCUAACAGCUAAUGCUCAGCACAGAUGUUAAUUCCUGACACAUGGUAGAUUAUAAGUCAAUGUAGAACAACAGUAACAGCAGAAAUCAUGUCCUUAUCCUUUCAUAAGAAUGAUAAAAGGUAACUCUUUAGUAAGGCGUAUACAUAUCAAUACUAAUCAUAUAUUGCAACUGCAUGACGUACAGCACCGACCCCACCACCAGUCUUAUAUCAACAUUACACUAUGUACAGGGUUGAACCUUCUGGCCCAUAUUCUCACCAUGUAAAACCUCUCGUCAGGCCAAACCAAACCAGUCUUUUGUUUCCUGUCCUUAAAGGCUUUAUAAGUGAACCUGGUAGCAAAAGCUUUGUACAAUUUCGGGGAUGCAUAAAUCGCACUGGUAAUUUGUGUACACGCAAUAUCAACAGCCAUUAGGCCAGGAAACAAGGAAAUGCAUUGGUUUUGCCUGUAAAUUUUGUCUUUUUUCUAUUUUCUUUGAAUAAUGCAAAUAUUACUGAAGAAAAGCUAUCAAACCUUACAGGAAAUACUGCAACAGCAUGAAAAAGUGAAAGAAAUUUACAGCAAAAUGAACCAACAAAAACUGUAGACCUUUAAGCUCUGCAGUGAAAAAAAAUAACAUGAGAUUUUCACCUUACUGUAAAAUGUAAAUGAAGAUAGACGAGUUUAACAUAUAAGUGGCAUUAACCAAUACUGGGGUAAUUUGGUGGUAGCACUGCUGACACUCACUAUUCCCAUCUAUGGUAAUUUCAUUACAGUGUGUUUCUCCACCACAUAUCACUAUUUCAGCUCCAGAUAAAUGCUACCUUCCAAUACAAAAGUAUUUCAAAUGUACCACCAUGAAGGAACCCAUAGACUCAGGGUUCAAUGCUUCAAUGCUUCACCACUACGAAGCAACGUGUCAUUCAGGAAUAUCCAUGAAAAUUAUAUCAAAGGACAGUACUUGAAGUAUUCAACACAAUUUCACUGCUUCUGACAUGAUUGGAACGACAGACACUUAACGUGCAAUUUUGCAGCCACUUAGACCCAAAGUUACAAAUUCCGAGUGAUUCAGUGCACUAAAACAGCAACUUGUGCAAAAGUUUAAGUUUGUUUACUGGUAACUCUUGAUCAUCUGUGGGUGCUUCAGUGCACCAAAUCAGUAGUGCAGGUUUAAGGCAUCUGGGAAUGAUAAUGGCAGAAAUGAAACACCAACAUCUCAGCACCUGUCUACUUCACAACAAAGCCUCCAACAAAAUUCACCAAAACUGUCGAGGAUGACCGCUGUAGCAGCAAUGUGUGCAACAAACUUACAUGUAAAUG